AUGAAGCAUCAACAAGUAACCGUAGACAUGACGAACAUGGUGUUUACCGCUUGCUCCUAUUUGGCACUCGCCGGAGCAGUCUGGAUAUUUUUGCGACUGAUCCAGGCCUGUUUUUGGCUACCGAAACAUUUGAAAAGGCAAAAUGAUGUUCAAAGAAUGUUGCAAGAUAAGGUGGAUAGUUAUGAGAAAUAUGUGUUGGAAUGCGAGGAGAAGGAAAGGGCAGAAAUGUUGGAUCAGAUCGACGAUGAGAAGAAGAAUCUCGAGAUGUCAGAAAAGUGGAAGGAACGAAGGGAAUGCCUUGAUAUGCUUAAGCGAGAAUUAGAAAGAGUUCGCGAAGGCAAAGACAUGUCCGAUUGGGAUGCCUUGCUAGACGAGGAAUUGAAGAAGCACGAGCUGGAGUCGAAACUUCUGGAGGAAGAAGAAGAAAAGGAAGAUUGUAAGAAUGAUGUUAGUAAAGAGAAAAGCGACAAUGAGAAAGAAACAAAAAAAGUUGAGAUCGAUUCCGAACCGAAGAAGAAGAAGUAAUGACUAUAUGUGUUUUAAAAGUGCCUUAUCGAGACUUUACGAUAAUUUUUUCUUAUGAAGAAACAAUUGCAUGAAAACAAAAAUCCUCCCCCCCUCCCAAGUAAAUAAAUUUUCGAAAUAUUCCGUACUAAAUGCUCAUG